GGCCGAACUUGAGGCUUCAAAACUGUGUUGCAAAUGUGAUUGUAAUGUAUUGUAAUUUUGUGAAUCAGGAUAACUCGCUUCUUGGAGAAACCGCAGGAAGGACUGACAUCAUCCCGACUGGCCAGCGUUGUGUUUUACUGCAUCCAGAGAGACACUCUGUCCGACCUGUCUGACUUCCUCAACCUGCAGCCUCAAGCAACAGACAGGUCCUUAGGACGAUUCUGGGAGUGGCUCAUCAACGAGAAGCGACUCGAUGUGUUUGGGAUGAAGCUUCCUACUGGCUUCCAGCUCAUUGGACAAGUGGGCCUGUCAGACUACACCAGGUGGCUCACCCACUACUCCACCAAGCAACAAGACACUCCGGCUAAACCAAUCACAUGCAGAUCGUUCGCCAGGGUUGGAUUAAUGGGGAACCCCUCAGACGGCUUCAACGGCAAAACCAUCGCCAUGUCCAUCUGUAACUUCUGGGCCGAGGUCACUCUGGUGGAGAGCCAGACUUUGGUUUUGGUUCCUCAUCCGCUCAACGACCCCACCGAGUUCGGAAGCUUGCAGGAUCUGUUCUGCAUCAGCAGGAAGGAAGGGUACCUGGGAGGUCUGAGGCUGCUGCAGGCCACCUGUAAGAAGUUCUACCAGUUCUGCUCCAAACAAGGCAUCGCUUUGACGAAGCAGAACUUCACACUGAAGUACGACACCAACAUUCCUCGUCAAGUGGGUCUCGCUGGAAGCAGCGCCAUCGUCUCAGCGACGCUGAAGUGUCUGAUGAAGUUCUACAACAUCACAGACGACGAUCUCCCAAAGUCGAUUCGAGCCAACUUCAUCCUCAACGUGGAGACCGAGGAGCUUUUCAUCACAGCUGGUCUUCAGGACCGAGUUGUUCAGGUCAGGAUCGUCUCUUCUACGUUCUCCUACAAUUCAAACACCUCCAGUAGAAAUCAAGCUGUUCCCUCUUUACUUCUGCAGGUCUAUGAAGGUUUAGUCUACAUGGACUUCAGCAAGAAGCUGAUGGAGGAGCAGGGCUACGGGAGCUAUGUUUCUAUGGACAUGAGUGGGCUGCCACCCUUCUGGCUGGCUUACCUGAGCGACCCCAGUGACUCCGGACGCAUCCACAGCAACAUCAGGCAGCGCUGGCUCGGUGGAGAACCUCUGAUAGUCGAGGCCAUGAAGACUUUUGCAGAGCUCACUGAUCAAGCCAGGACGGCUCUCCAGGACAAAGACUGGCACCGGCUGGCACAACUGAUGGACCAGAACUUUGAGCUGCGGAGGUCCGUCUACACGGACAAGUGUCUGGGUCCUGGGAACCUCAAGAUGGUUCAGCUGGCGAGGCAGUUUGGCUCGGCGGUGAAGUUGCCGGGCAGCGGGGGGGCCGUGGUGGGUCUGUGUCUGGACGAAGCCAGACUGCUCAAUGUACUGCAUCAUCUGAAAGAUACUCCACCGGAUACUUUGGUUAUCGCAGAUCUUUACGUAACUUUUCCAUCCUUAAAACCAAUAAAGUUCUCGUUUCAAUGAUCAGAGAACAAAAGUCAUUUUCUUGACAUGGAAGAAAAACAAAGCAGUUGGAAUGUGUUUCCACCUGUUUAAUGAACACGGAUGACUUGUCGUCUGUUGUUUCCUGGAACAUCUUUUGCAGAAUUUGAAGCGGAUAGAUGAGUUUAACCAGUUAAAUAAAAAUACCCCAUUACUUAGUUUAAGAUGACGUUUAGGAUUUUUGGUUUGACAGAAACAUAUUUCCUGACUGCAUUUAGGAAAAAACUAAAACAUUUUUAUCUUAUGAUAUGAAAUAAGCUGUAACAGGACCCAACUCAGGGAUUUCCCAACUCUUUGACAACCUUAAGAUUCAGAUAAAAAAGAUAAGAAUAUCCUUCAUACGUCCCACAGCGGAGACAUCCGCAAUAUUACAGAAAGAAAGUGGAGAGAGCAACAACAACAAGAGGCACCAGAAACAAACGACAAGUAAAAGAACAUAAGGAACAUAAAUGUAAUGAAUCUCAUGUUCUUAAGUAUAAUAACUAAGUAAACUUAAAUACUAUAUAAUCAGAUUAAAUAGUUGGGUUUACAUUAUGGUCUCAAGCCGUUACAAUGGCGCUCCAUAAUGUGUCAUUGGACCGGGUUACUACCUUCUUCUCUCAUUUAUUGUCUGUAUCAGUGAUUGACCGUCCCUGGUUGUUGAGGUCCGGUGUUCUGUGUUGGUCCACCAGGUGGAGAUGAGACAGGCCUUCCAGGAGGCCGGCUGUGUCUUCUGUGUCAUCACACCGUACGACCCCCGUCGGCG